UGGUGGAAACGUUCAGGGUCAACGAAUCCCCAAAAAUGACACCCCUUCAACUAGGCUCGCAUUUAGGAAAGAGCCUAAAUACUGCGAAAGAGAGCCUAUCUCAGGACACUAAUGAUGAAGAGAGCAGCACUGAUUCCAUUGAGGAAAAAAAUCUGGAAUCGUUAUUCGUGAAAUACGGCACCGACGAUGGAAAUACUUGUCUCCUGGAUAACGUCAAGCAGGAAAUCUUGUGGUGGACAUUUCCCAAUGGAACUCUUAAGCCACCCAAUAGCAAGCACUUGUCAAAUAUGCACUUAGAUCUUUCGUAUGGUAACAUAUCUGAAGACGAGGAUUUGUUAAAUAAAACGAAAUUUGCUCGCCGAUAUAGUUUUAAAAAAGUAGAAGCUUUCUCUGCUGCCCACAACAGGUUAAAUAAAGUACCAUUCCAAACUUUAUCAACAAUGACGGGAUCCUUAAAAUAUUUAUCCCUACAAGGUAACCAGUUCGCAGCGCUAAAUCAUGAUCCCGAAGCCAUUGAGCGGUUUUUACAAGAGACUCGAUUUACCCCAAGUGACACACAAAACAAAUGCGAAGAGCAUUUUAUAAACAAUCAUACUAAUAACUUAGAUCUUUAUGAUCGGGAAUGUUUGCUAUACUACCAGAACAACAAACACAUUCACAAUUCAAACACGCAAGACAUGAUUUAUGAGGAUUAUAUACGGAAACUUCAAAUAAAGCACAUAAUAUUUGGCACUUCAAAAGAGAGCAUUGCUUGGGCAACCUUUCCGCAUCUGCAGCACCUUUUGGAACUUGAAAUCAGUAACUGCAGCAUCGAGUAUUUGAGCAAAGAGGCAUUCAAAAAUGUGACAAACCUUCGGAAACUCUUCAUCUCGAACAACAAGAUAAUGACCAUAGAUUUCGAUACAUUCUACUAUAUACAGGGAGUACAAUAUCUAGACUUGUCGUUUACAAACGUCUUAAACUAUAAUUACCAGCUAUCGAUGCCCACGCUUGAAGUUGUCUUAAAUCUGGUGUAUGGUCUAAAGAUCCAUCAGACGGCAUUUAAACUGCUGCCAAAACUCGUCUAUCUGGACCUCUCGCACUCGAAAAUCACACGAAAUAGUGCUGUUGCCUUCACACAUCUUGGAAACAAGCUCAAGUAUCUGAGCUUGUGCUACACAUCGUUUCCCAUGAUGAGCAAUGGCCUUUUUAAGAACACAGCCCUAGAGGGACUUGACAUGUCCGGUAAUCCUUUUGUCUCGUAUAACAUUGUCGAUGACGCUUUCGACAGUAUUGGCGAUACGCUUAAAUUUCUCUACUUUGAGCACUCUAAUCUCAAGGAUAUCAAGUGGUUAAGACCGCUGAGAAAGUUGCAGUUGUUGGGCUUGGCAGGUAACAAUAUCAACGCCCUAUCGGUCGAAGCAUUUCAGUCUUUGGUAAGCUUGCAACUUCUGGAUCUGAGCUCCAACCACAUUGGCAACUGGUAUAAGAGCGUGUUUUUUAACAAUACGGCACUGCGGGUUCUUAACUUACGCAGCAACAACGUCAACAUGCUGACCACCGAGAUGAUGAAGGAUUUUGAAUUGCUUGAAUACCUGAGUCUCGGCGAUAAUAACUUCCUUUGUAAUUGUAUUCUGCGUGAGGUGGUCGAAGUAGCUGCAAACAACAAUAAAAAAGCCGACUGUUCAUUCAACCUUCUACAGCACGCAGCUGCUGAGCUGAUUGCCUCAAAUAUUAACAGUCUAAGUGAGCUGAGCAAAUCCCUUGCCGGGUACAUUGAACACCAGUUGUGGAAGCGACGCUAUUUGCCACAGCUCAUCGACAGCUACAAGAACAUAAAAGACUUCAAGCGGCUCAAGAAAAUAACCAAUCUGCGUUUCCUUACCAAAGACCUGCGUACCAAACAAUGCCCCGCAUCUAUACAAAAAACUGUGAACGAUACUUCUUUAAAAUUUCAAUUACUUGAUUACGAUGCAAAGAAUUACUGGUGCUUUAACGAGACGGAUAAAUUACAAGUGGAUGAGUUAGUCUGCCAGAGCCGAAUAUUGGUUGAUUUCGAAGAAAAGCUGCACAACACCUUUAAGAUUAUCACAGCUGUUGUUGGAAGCAUUCUGGGUGUAUUCAUUCUGGGACUUAUCAUAUAUCUAAAGCGUUGGCAUAUACAUUAUUAUUAUGCUUCACUGAAAUCGGCGGCGCUUUUGUCUACCGCCUCAAAGGAGUCUCUUGACAAAUUUCAUCGUCUAUCCGAAAAUAAUCCCAGCGUAAUAUAUGACAUUUUUAUAAGCUACUGCCAAAAUGAUCGCCAGUGGGUGCUGGACGAGUUGCUACCAAAUGUGGAGAAAUCUGGAGAUAUUUCUAUAUGUCUGCACGAACGUGACUUUCAGAUCGGAGUAACUAUACUGGAUAAUAUUAUUUCAAGCAUGGAUCGAUCGCGCUCUUUAAUGUUGCUGAUUUCAUCAAAGUUUCUGCUCAGUCAUUGGUGUCAAUUCGAAAUGUAUCUGGCCCAACAUCGCAUCUUUGAGAUGAGCAAGGAGCAUUUAAUACUCGUAUUCCUGGAGGAAAUACCACGCAGUAAACGCCCAAAGACGCUUCAAUACCUAAUGGGGAUAAAAACCUAUAUUAAAUGGCCGAGUAAAGGAAGCAAACAGCCAACAUUGGAGGAACGCAAAUUGUUCUGGAAGCGCUUAAGAAAGUCAUUAGAACUAAUUGGCAUAGGCACAAAAGAUUCCAAUGUCUAAAGUUAUUGGACCCCAAAUUGAAUGCAAAUAUUCUAGUCAUCUUUUUAAGUACCUGAUAUACA